ACCCUUCCAAAAUAAGAGUUUAUUGUUUGAAUAGAGCCAUUAUAAUUGAACAACACUUGAAUACCAGAGUAUAUAUUUGUUGUGCAUCAGUGAAAGUGAAUAGAUUUGUGCUUUUGUUGCCAAUUCUCAACACAACUGAACCAUCUCUGGGCUCAGGACUCACUCUAUCUCCAUCUCCAAUCACACCAUUCAUACAACACUUGCUUUGGACACUCCUUUUGAUAAAAAUUUAAUGCUCGCAACUCAACCUCUCAUCCAACAAACAUUACUCAAACCUACCGACACAAGUGCCUCCACUGACUCCGGGCACCAACCAGAAGAUGACCCAAGCAUUGGCCGCCAGUUUCAACAGUUGGGAAAAGGAGAGAGAAUUACUGAACAUUCCUAAAGAUCCCCGCCAGUGGACAGAAGUAGAUGUGACUCAUUGGCUGAAUUGGGCGAUCAGGGAGUUCUGUCUCGAAGGCGUUAAUACACAUAACUUCUCCACAAUGAAAGGCAAAGACAUGUGCGCUCUCGGGAAGGACUCAUUCCUGGCCAGAACGCCACCAUUUAUGGGGGACAUCCUAUGGGAGCACUUGGAUAUACUCCAGAAAGCUGAAAUCGAUAAGGAGAGGACAUCCCUGGAGAACGUGCCGUCCAACUACUUCGAGCCCUGUAUGCCUGACUUCAACGAGUUCUUCCAACAGGCGGGAGGGGCCGGCUAUCCAUUGCCUGAACACAAAGCAACUCCAGUGAUGAACGGAGGCAGUAGUGGUCCGUCGUCUUCGGGAGCCUCCAGUUCUACCAACGGCUCCUUCACUGACGGUUCUUCUUAUCUUCAUAUCACGGAAUCAAUGCUUACUCUAAAUGAUUGUCACGAAGACCUGGGUCUUAGUCAUAGUCGCUAUGAGGAUACCCACGACUAUGGACUCGAGGCACAGACGCCGGCAUAUCUGGACGGCUCUGAGUUCUACCCGACGUCUAAUCUAAUGACAGAAAGCAAAUAUUCGCCACAAUUCUCCACAAACAAAGCAUUCAACACGAGAGGUCCCAAUCGCCUCUUUGGUCGAUAUCCGACUCAUGACAUGAAUGCAAUGAUCGACUAUCCGUCUCAUCAAUACGAGCCGCCCCUCCAAACCGUUCCCUCAUCUGUUCCGCCGACGCCAUCGCCAGAGCAAUGGCCCACAGAAUUGAGUCCUCAUAGCAAUAGCGGUACACCAAAUGGCAUGACGUCGGGCGCACACCAUCCACAGGCCGGUCCACAUCACGGCCAACAGUCUCUUCAUCUCUCACAUCAUCCGCACACGACAUACACUCCGUUACAUCACACCCGAGACCAUCCGGCGCUGACUCACUUGACACAAAUGCAUAGCCCCAGUACUCAACACCAGACCCAUCAGACACUACUCCAAAGUCAAACCACUAUCGAUGGAAAGCCCGUCAUUCAAGCGGCUGUCCUCGCAGGGAGUGGACCGAUACAGUUGUGGCAAUUCCUGUUGGAACUGUUGACCGAUAAGAACUGUCAAAACUUCAUCUCAUGGACGGGCGACGGAUGGGAAUUCAAACUCACAGAUCCCGACGAAGUGGCCCGUCGUUGGGGAGUUAGGAAAAAUAAACCAAAAAUGAAUUACGAAAAAUUAAGUCGAGGUCUGCGUUAUUAUUACGACAAGAAUAUUAUCCAUAAAACUGCGGGAAAACGUUAUGUCUAUCGGUUUGUCUGCGAUCUCCAGACGCUGUUAGGCUAUAGUCCUGAAGAACUGCACGCAAUGGUUGAUCUCAAACUCGAGAAGAAAGAAGACGACUAAUGAUUGUACCGCUGAACCCAUUGAUGCCCUUUUGAUUAGUUUUAUUUGAAUGAAAAGGGCAUACAAUUACAUAUUGUAUUGUAUAUGUAAUCAACUGUUUCUGUACUACAAGUCUCGUCUUCUGGUCACAAGUCAUUCAACAUUCGCUUCAAAUCUGGACAUAAUUUAAUGCAUAAUAUUUAGCAAAACACUUAACAAUUCAUUUGAAAACUACAAAAGUCUCUCUUUUGACGGCAUUUUAUGCAACAAAUUAUUUUUUUCACAAACAUUUCAUAUGAAAUGCAAAUUAAUCGAUAUAUUAGUGACCAUUAAUUGAUGGCACAGUUAGUCGCAGAACACAAUUGAAGACAUAUUCAUAUAUUUAAAGACUAGUCUCUAAUCUGAAAUUCAAACCGAAACCGAUGAUUGAAUUUGUAUUAAUGAAUGUCAAAUAGAGCUGACAUUCAAACCAAAGAAUUCGACCACAAAUUCAUAUAAUUAGUCGAAGACAUCAUCUCUUUGUCAUCGAUUCCAUAACGAAAACUAAAUUCAACUUUUGAUAACUCGUCAGUGCUUUACAUCAAACAUAUGAAAAAUUUGUGAUUUUUUUGUUUGAUAUUUUUCGAGGAAAUCUUUUUCUAGACUGCAAU